UCUGCGCAGGGCAAAAGCGACCCUCUGGGACAGGCAGUUACAGUCCUGCCUAACAAGAAUUCGGCGUCACAAAAGGCAAAACAUUUCACUUCAUCAAAUUUUAAUGCAGACACAUAAAUUCAACACUAACGGUAACAAUCGACACUUCCCAAGUAGCGCGUGGUUUCAAGAACGCGAAUUUACCAUUAAACCCCCUAAAACCCUCCGAAAAGCACCAGAAGUUCGCCGAAGUUUCUCGCUAUUCAUCAUGGAGGAGAAGAAGGAGGAGAACGAAGCGGAAAUCCACGAACACGGACCCGAAUACUGGUUCUCUAAGUGGGAGCGCCAGUGCCUGGCGGUGGCCGAAAAAGAAGAACCCAGCGAUGAAGAGGUGGAACAGAACCAGGAGAAACUCUGGCAUCUCUUCCAGAAUUCAGCCACGGCGGUAGCGCAACUUUAUAAAGAUCGAGUCUGCCAUCAGCAAGGACUUUCAGUCUGGUCUCCAUUUCAGAAUGCUGCUACAGCGGUGACAAAUCUUUACAAAGAAAGCAUUGAUGCGCACAAGAGGAGUUACGAUUUAGGAAUUCAAAUUGGCCAUCAGAGACGUAACAAAGACGUUUUGGCCUGGGUUAAAAAGCGACGGAGAACUAUACGAAGAGAAGAUCUGAUAAGUUUCCUAUGUGGCAAAGCGCCACCACCAAGGACUACUAGAGCUGCCCCUAAACUGACUGUCAUGUCUCCUAAUCGACAACCUUCAUCGGACAGUGUGUCAUCUGUAGAGACUGAUUUACAGCCCUUUUGUGAGGCUAUAGCACUACAUGGUCUAAGUGGAGCGAUGGCGGGCAUCAGCGUCCGCUCCAGCACUCCAGGCUCACCUACUCACGUAAGCAGCAGCACAAGCGCAGGCCGCAGAAGAAACGGACUGCACGACAUGGACUUGAAUACUUUCAUAUCGGAAGAGAUGGCCCUCCAUCUCGGUAGCGCGGGGAAUAGGAAGCGAACCUCAGCCCAGUGUGCAGAUGUCAUCACAGACUCCCCAACCCAUAAACGUAACCGAUUGAUCUGAGCUCAGUUUUUGCUCUAUAUGCUCUGUGCUGCUUGAAAUAAAAGCCACUUAAUCCUUAACAUUUGCGUUUGGUGAAAAGGAAAGAAGGGCCAUUUGUAUAUUCAGUACAGUAUGCCAUAUGGUGGAGUCCAAUUCACACCUCUUCAUGCUCAUUGACUGGUUUCUUUAUGCUUGCCACAAAUUAAAAUCUGUCAGUCAAGUGACCGUGGUAUUGUAUGAGUAGUACAAUGCUUUCAGUACUCAUUUCAUCGAAAACAUGAACUUCAACAUAAGCAAGUUAUUUUUUAACUCAAAAUAUUGCUAAGUAGUAUUGCUAAGCUAAUAACAAUGCUUGUUUUCAAAUAAUGGAUUCAUUUCCCAUCAAUAAUUUCAUCUUGGCACUUGUUUAAUGGCAGUUUUGUUGUGAUCAUUUUAGAAAUGUGCAAAGUUUAGUCUUAUUUGAAACCGCUGCUGAUUUAAAUGUUUAUUUGAACUUAAAGGUGGUUGCAAUAAUGCAUGAUUUGCACUUACACAUCCAUUUAGACCUAUUGUUUUAUUUCAUUUUUUUAUGAAGUGUCAUGACAUCAAAGAAGAGGAAAGAGUGACACAGGCUUAAGAAUCAAUGGUGCAAUUGUUUUCUUUUUUUUACAUUUCAUUGUUUGAGGCCUGAUUUAUGCGUUUGGUGAGGCUUUGUACUUUGAAAAUUGUGUUCUUUGGAGGGCUGUCUCUCAGGAGAGAGAUUUGAGUAGAGAAAACUGUGUUUGGUCUUGAAGUGUCCUUUAAGUGCUUUUCAUAUCCAGGCCAGAGGAUUUGAAGAGCUGCACAUGUAACUACCCUUAAAAAGUCUGCAAACAUUUGUCAAUAUGAGAUGUGUGUAGUAGUCCUGUGAAGUGUUGGAAGCUGAGAACAUCGACCACUUCUGAUCCAUUGUUGUUUUAUUUUUUUAGUUUGUGAUAUAAGAUGCUUAUGAUAGAAUGACCAAUUAGUUGUUGUUCACAUGAUACACAUGUAUUACUAUUUAAUAUUUGGCAUUUAAGUGGUGACACAAUCUUUAUUUUUUUUUUUUUUUUGUGGUGGGAAGUCACUUGAUGUGGAGUGUCUUGCUGAAUAUUUUAAAGAUUUGUGAAAGCAUUUUUGGCCCAGUUCAAGUGCUCUGCGUAGACAUAUUUAGUUGCAAAUGUUUCAAUGGCAGUUUGAACUUUUCUUUUCUUUUAAAUGUGAUUUCUGCAAAGUGUAAGCCUUAUGGCCAUUAGCAAUUUAGUUAUUCAUUUAACAAAUAUUUUUCCAUAAAUGAACGUGAAGAAUGAUUGCUCUACAAAUUGUUUAUCAUUUAUAUUAUGAUGUAAUCCAUUUUGUUAAAUGUCAGGAGUAAGGCUAACAAUUUUGUCUUAAAGCAAUUGCUAAGGUUGUAUAGUAACAGUGAAGAUUAUCUGGAAAAUAAUGUUAAAACCACUGUUGCCAUUUUUUUUCCUUUAAAAGCGUACAUAAGUUAUCAGCUAAUUUAUUAAACAGUUAUGUUUGUAUAUUCAUAUCAGUGUAUGUUUUGGUCACAGUAUUUUAAAGGAAACAUAAGUUGUUUCAAAUCAGUUUGACAGACUGACAAUAGCAACUUAUACUUUCAUGCGUUAAAGCCGAGAAUCAUUGUUGUUCAAUAAUUAAAUUGUUUUAUAUGUG